CCCUGUGUUUUCCUCCAGGUCCAGCUGUGUGCGUUUCAGCCACAAAGUGUCACGGUGAUGAGAUCAGCUGCUGAACGCGCUCUCUCUUCCUAAUGUAACAGUUUAACUCAUCUGCUUGAAGCAGCGGCUGCAGCAAUGGUAGCCUUCAGUCUAAUUAUGAGGAUUUUGCAGUACGCGGGGCUUUACCUUCAACUUAAUGCUGGUCUGCGUGAUGGAGACAAUCACAUCUCUGGAAAUGCUUUGUUUACAGAGGUUCCUCACGACAUAAAAACGCAGAUUGGAGAAGAUGUAGAGAUGGCCUGCUCCUUCCGUGGGGCAGGCUCUCCCACAUUCUCCCUGGAGAUCCAGUGGUGGUACAUCAGACACCAAAAAGACUCACAAGGGUUGCCUUCACAAAUCUCUAACUCGAUUGGGACCCUGGAGGAGAUGCCAAAAGAUGCCACUAAAAUUAGUGUAGUAAAAGUUGGUGGCAGCAACAUCUCCCACAAACUUCGACUCUCCAGUGUGAAACCAGCAGAUGAAGGCACCUACGAGUGUCAUGUCAUUGACUACAGUGGACCCGUGGAACAGCGCUACCAUGUCCAGGCCUAUCUCCAAGUUGAGCCUGAGAGGCUUCAGGACUCUGAUGAUGCUCAGCCACAGAAACUAGAGCAACACUCAUCAGGGAGUCAAUUACAGCAGACCAAUGGUCGCGAUCUGAGCAAGAGAUCUGUUCACAGCAACACUGACUGCAGGGGGCGCUGUGUGCUUUAGAGCGAACGUUUUGUCUGUCUGCAUGUACUUUGGUCUCCUCCCCUAAGAGGGGCUUUCAAUAGAGUAGCUAUUACCAUCCUGAUGACAAAUCAGCUGCGUCCAAAAUCAUCAACUUAGUAAGGACUCUUUAUCCAAAGGGGAAGUGAAUUAGCGUUCACCAUGAUAAAUCCUGAAUAGGGUUGGAAGAAGUUAGGGAAAGGAAUCGGUAUGCUUCCUAUCCUAGUUCCUUUAGCAUAGGGAGCCUGUGAGGUCCCUCACUGGGGCUAAGGAGGUAAAGGGAUUCCCAAAAAUCAUUUGCCUGACGUACAUGAGCACAGCCUGCCUCAUGGAAAUGAAUGAGAGAAGAGAUCCUGCACCAGUACUGUUUACAGUGAUUAUUGCUUUACAGUAAGCACACUCGGUGUGACACACAGUCAUAUAAGGAUGUAUUGUGGAGAACUUAAUUCGUUUGCUACAUUUGGGUAACUCCUCCUCCAUCAUGCUUUUUCUUUGCAUGAUGAUGUGCCUAAGGUUAAAGGCUGUCAGCGGUCUGAGCAUACCUUCCUACCCAUGGUAGACAUCUUGAUGUCUGCCGCAUGAAAGGUGAAGGAAAAGGAGAUAGAAGCCACAGUUUGAUGAUUUUGGACACAGCUGCAGUUUCUGGACAGGGACUCUGUAUAUAAUAUUUUGAUUUUUUGCUUGGAAUACUCUCUUGUUGAAUGUUAUUUAGAGGGCUCUGUGUACCAGUGCAUUUUUAUUAAUAUUGUUCUAAUUUUGUUAUUUUUGUGUGUUUUAUGCUGUUUCUUUAAACUUAUGUGAACUGUAAUGGCAAAGAGUAAGUAAGGUGAGCUUAUUUUGUUGGUUUUGCCAAAGAUUAUUUGUAUGAUUACAGGCUAUACAGUUAUUAGAUACCAGGGAUUCACAAAACUUUGAUAGAAAUACACAUGACAACUUUCUUUAAAUACUCUGUCAUCUAAUCAAACCAAACCUUUCCUGUUUAUACGUAGAUUGGAAUUAAUUUGCCUGUUACAAGAGAUAUGAGCAACAUAUUUAUUAAACCUUUCAAAUAAAAGUUUCCAAUUUUAAAUGGUUUUGUAUUAAUUAGAAUUGCCAUAUAAACUACAGGUCUUGGGUCGAUGGUUUUAACCUUUCUACCACCUGCUACUCAAAACUUCUAGCAAGAAUUUUGGCCUAUCCCUCCUAAAACUGCAACUCUCCUCAGUUAAAAAUGUUCCCCCAGAAAAAUGAAACAAAGACAAAUCCAAACAAGAAGGUGGGAUGUCCGAAGAGACCCUGAGAGGUGGGGCUGAAUGAGGGGAUGAGCAGUUCGGGUUUAUCAAGGGUGUGGUCAGGAUGAGAGCUUAGCAUGGCCUACCUUAGCCUAACCUGGCCUUAUUCAAUAAUGGACAGUGAGCAGAGGGUUGCUCCUUCUUAUACCUGGGAUAGAUCUUUUGAGUUGGAAGAUUUUUCACCUCCCUCCAACUUGGAGCCUUAGUUGAAGCUGCUUGCUUCAAGGCACUGACUUGGCAAUGCAAAAGCCGGUGCUGAUGAGGCAUUUAAGGACAUGAUGACUUUAUUUGUAGGCCUGUGCUUAUGCAGAGCGUUGACAGUUAAAGCCUCUACAAGUAGCAAAAUCCAUUAACAGCAUUUAUCGUUUGCACCAAUAGUAUAACUGAACUGGAAUAGUCACUGUUCAGCCACUUAGGGUGGCAACAAGAUGGGUUUGAGGCAAAUAUUGUAGAAGUAAAAAAACACUUAACAGGCUUACAUUGAAGGCAAACUGACUUUCGCUCACUUUUUUCAAAAACAUUCCAUCAUCUAUCCAGAGAUCCCUAUCAGUUCUUUCAGCUCACACAAAAGCAACCUGCAGUUUGAGUGCUGAUGUAUUUAAGCACCAUUGAGGUCCAUCUUUCUAUGCACAUUCCAAGUUAGAUGCAAAUAAAAGACCCACCCGCUGUUCUCCUGGGUUGUUGGAGACUUUUUUUUUUUUUUAUAUGGGUUGUGUGUGUGGCCAUUUCAGUCAGGAUAAGUGAGCUUAUGUAAUCUCUGGAAUGAGUUUCAGGACCAAAUUGUGAAAUAUUGUAAGCUGAAACCUCAAUUCUCCCCCGAUAUUCAGUGACAGCUUUUCCCUUUUAUCAAAGAUGGCUUCUUUUACACCUUCUUUUAUGGCUUCUUUUUACACCAUCUUUCCUCUCUAUAGAAAAUCUUUUCGGUCGUCAAAUGUGUGUCUUUUUUUUAAGGUCCAAGAGUAUAGUUAAAUCUUGCCAAGAAGUGCUGGCUCUCCUAUGCUGCAUGAUGUAGUUGUGUCUUUAUUUGGUUUCUCCAGUACCUUCAUGAUAACUGAACCUAUCAUCAGGUAUGAACCAGAUUUAUGGCGGUCAGCAGUUAUAUUCAAAAGUCUUUUUUUAAAUGUUGCUUUAAAAAUAAUUCUAAUGUGUGCUUCUAGUUAAUAAAAAUGCUAUAUAUUAACCAUUUCAAAGCUUUUAUAAGUUAGAACAUUAUCAUUUGGGUUUUCCUAAAAUGUUCAGAGGUAAAGAUAAAUUUAUGUAAAGUUCCGAUUAAAUGUUACAUUUCAUUAUUCUUGCAUUUAGCAGAGAAAAAAUUUGGAAAUCCAAACUGACCAAAUUACCUAAAGGUUAGUCGGAUCUAUGUAAGUGAAAGAAAAUGGUUGUGCCUUACAGUGCAUGCAAAAACCUGCUUUUUAUUAUUUCGUGCUGUCUUUGAGUAAUGCAUUAUAAAUGAUUGGUUAUGUAAGAUUUAUGGAUGUUAUUCUUCUGGCUAUAUGAGUUGAAUUAAAAUUAAUUUAGAGAACAUUCAGUUCCUGCUAUUUGAUUCCUUAAAGCCAACUAAAGUGUUUGCUUCCUUUAAUCAAAAGACUUGUUCAAGAUUUGCUCUGAUAUGAGCAUUCAAAACUGAAGAUAGGACUCUAUCCACUUUAUUCUGGUACUCAUGUUAUAUCUAUAAUUAACUGUUUAUUUGUGU